AUGCCGAAGGAGAAAAAGAAAAGAUACCAGAUAUCCGAGCUAGUAAACAUGCGUCAUAAUUUCAGACACAACAUAAUAUUAACCGACCUCUUGCCACAACAGAGCCAGUCUCACCCUCCCGCAAUAUUGUACCCCAUCUCGGCAUUCGUGGCGUUAUCGCCACCCAUGGUGAACUUGAGCUUGAGUCCAAGCCCGAACCAGAACCCAAACCAGCUCCACAGCCCCAACCAGAGACAACAAGCGCCAAACAACAAUCUAAAGCGAUCAUCGUUUAUAAACUCACCACCACCAAGCUCAAUCACCCCUAGUGCACAUCCACUGAUUCAACAGUUGGAAGCAAACUCUUCGUUUCAGCAAACACGGAUCAUCCCGAUUAUCCAGAUUGAAAAGGGCCAAGCUAUACCUAGCGGUGGCAUGCCCAUAGAACUACUAUAUCGACAAUACCCCAGUGCCAAGUGCUUUAGCAGUCCCAUUAGUAUUGAAAAACUGGAUUUUGCCGGCAUCGAAGACUUGGGAGACGGAUUAAAGGAGGAAGGGGGAGACGAGCAACACGAGGAAGACAAGGAAGAAAACGAACAAGAGUCUCAAGCUUCAUCCCCAAUGCUCACUUCUUCUAGCAGUGAAAUUAUCAUAAAGAUUCUUCCUACUAAUAACCUGGACACCGUUGCGUCUAAUCGGUGUUGA